AUGCCGCCUCAUCCUGUUAAUAUCUCGCAGCAACAAAAGCAGCAAUAUUGUAAUAUUUAUCAAGAUCAAUUUAUUCCUACAAAGCAACAUUGUCUCAGAGUAAAGCAACUACUACGCGCACUCCAUCCUGACCAUGAGCACGAUUCGACAUCUCUCAUUUACAUGAAAGGGAAAACUGGAGAAACAAGAGACAGCACAGACGUCGAUUUAGAAUUCAGGCAGGAGAGUAAUUUUUUCUAUCUCACAGGCGUGGACGAACCUGAUUUUCAACUUAUUUUUCAUCUACAAAAUGAACGAGUUUACCUCGUUGCACCUACUGUACCUGAAAACGAAGUCUUAUGGAAAGGCCCAAACUUUCAACCCGCCGAUUUACUCGUCCAAUAUGAUGUCGAUGAGAUCAUUCCUGAGCAAAACUUCUCGCAAUUGAUAUACACUUUAGAUCCGAAAAGGAUUUACGUUUUAGAUGAGCAACAGCAAAUUGCACUCAGUCAAUCGAUAUCAACAUUACCAGGAUCAGCAUUAAUGAAAAUAGAUACUCAAUCCCUUUUACCUGCUCUACAUGAGUCCAGACUUAUUAAAUUUCCUUGGGAGAUUGAGCUUUUACGUCACGCCAUGCAUGGUUCCUCUCAAGCGCAUAUUAUGUUGAUCCAACAGUUUCAACCUGGUAUGACAGAAGCUCAUCUUACGGCUCUUUUCCGAUGGUCUUGCGCUUGUCUGGGUAUCUUCCGACAAGCCUAUCUGCCGAUUGUAGCCUCUGGAGCACGUAAUGCUAUAUUACAUUAUAACAGUGCUAAAAAUCAACGCCAACGCGUGCCUGUACAUGAUCUCCACGCUUUAGUCUUGGUCGACGCUGGUGGAGAAAGAGCAUGCUAUAGUAGUGACAUUACAAGGACAUUCCCGGCUCAGGGAAGAUUCUCCGAAGAAGCCAAAACGAUCUACAAUAUCGUACUCAAAAUGCAAAAGACUAUUUUAUCUAGGUUAAGACCUGGUGUUUUUUGGGCAGAUAUGGAAGAUCUAGCUAUCCAAAUAUUAUGUAAAGAAUUAGUAAGAAUUGGUAUCCUCGUUGGUGACAAUAUAGAUGAGCUUAUUCAAAGAGGCUUACCAACUGCCUUUUUUUAUCAUGGCCUAGGGCAUUCAGUUGGAUUGGAUGUACAUGACGUUGGAGGAAGAAAACCUUAUAUAACAACGAAUACCGUGAACAAAGCAGCAACUGUAGUCAACAACUGUAAUCAUAUAGAACCCAACAAGAAAGAAGAGGAUGAACUAUCAGCAUUUCUAGAAGAUAGACCAUUAGAGAAGAACAUGGUGCUGACAGUAGAGCCCGGAUUAUACUUUAAUGAUACAUUAUUAGAUAUUUGGACACAAUUUCCAGGGUACCAGUCUUACUUUAACCUAAACGCACUAGCAAAAUAUCGGAAAGUGGGUGGCGUUCGAAUUGAAGACACAAUCGUGAUCACAGAUAGUGGGUACGAAAAUCUAACGUCUGUGCCCAAAGAAAUAGAUGAGAUUGAAAGUUUAAUGAAGCAGAAUGAUAGUAUACUAGCGGUAGACUCGUAA